GCCCUCGCCCGCCGCGCCUCCUGACGGGGCCGCCCUCGGGCAGGGCUCAAUCCCGUCAGGGCGCUGGAGCAGGCCGGGCAAGGGCGCCAGGCCACAUGGGCGGUCCUCCUAUGGGGUGGCACGGCACUCUCGCCCCUACGGGUCCGCGGCUCCCGAGUUCCAUAACGGCCGCAGUGUCUUCGGGAGGCGCGGGGGAGCAGGUCGUGUCCUUCGGGUGUCUUGCCCUGCUUUGUCCUCGUGCUGUCUGCGUACUGCGUCCCUGGGAACCUGGAACACUAACCUUUCAGUAAACUAUAAAUUUCGGAAAUGCUUCAGUCAUCUUUGACUAAGAGCCUGAGGCUCUACAGCACCAAUGCAGCAAGGAAUAGGCAAGCACUCGAGCGUAUAAUCCGCGUUGACCAUGCGGGAGAGUUAGGAGCAGAUCGUAUUUAUGCAGGCCAGAUGGCAGUAUUGGGCAAAACAAGUGUAGGGCCAGUUAUCCAACAUAUGUGGGAUCAAGAGAAGGAACACAAGGCCAAGUUUGAGGAACUGAUUCCCAAGUAUAGAGUCCGACCUACAGUUCUUGUACCCCUGUGGAAUGUUGCAGGCUUUGCUUUAGGAGCAGGUACUGCCUUACUGGGCAAAGAAGCAGCAAUGGCAUGCACUGUGGCUGUAGAAUCAGUUAUUACCGACCAUUAUAAUUCCCAACUUCGAGAAUUGAUCCAAAACGGAGAAGAGGAAAACAAAGAAUUAAUUGAAGUUAUUAAAAAAUUCAGAGACGAUGAAAUGGAUCAUCACGAUACUGGCUUAGCCCAUGAUGCAGAGUUAGCACCAGCAUAUAAAACAAUGAGCAACAUCAUAAAGAUGGGCUGCAAAGCAGCUGUUUGGAUAUCUGAGAGAGUUUAAUUUACUUGUUAAAUUUCUGUAAAUAAAAUACAUAUAUAUCUUGCUAAAUAAAAGUAAAAUUGUUAUGUUCUAGGUAGAA